AUGGAGUCGGCGCUUGUGCUGGGUAGCCGGGAGCGGCAGCUCGGCAUCUCCUUCAAGAAGCUCUUCCAGCACGACAGCGGGGUGGAGCUCAAGGUCAAGGGACUCCUGAACACCGUGUCGUGCAACGCGGAGCUGCAGGGCGCGCUCAACAAGUUCUUCCGCGUGGGCAAGCUGGCGGUCUACAAACCCAACGAGGUGUACCAGCCAGACCUGCGGCUGCGGCUCGGCCUGGGGGUCAAGGCGGCGGGCGUGGGCGGCCAGAAGAUGUCGGCAGACGACCUGCUGCUGUCGCUGAGCGCCAAGAAGCGGGUGCAGGUGCAGCGCAGCCAGGAAGUGGUGCGCAACCGCCUGCUGCUGCGCAACUACACACAGGCCAGCCUGGGGGCCAACUACGACUACAACCUGCGCUCGGAGAAGUGGGGCGGCGAGCUGCACGCGCGGCUCAGCCAUGCCAUCUUCCGAUUCACCGACGACCAAGACGUGCGCCUCACGGCGGGGGGCGUUGGCGACCCCAAACCCUAUGCACGGCUUCAGGAGAACUGCUGGUCACUGACAUUCCAUCCCAACGGGGAGUGGCGGGUGGGGUACGACUUGUGA